AUGUCGACACAAAAGUUACAGCACGUUGAUAUUUAUGUACAGAACUCCCAAGGAGAUAAUAAGGAUAAAGAAAAGAAGAGGAAAGAAAGCAUUCUCGACCUAUCAAAGUAUCUGGAGAAAAGCAUCAGGGUAAAGUUUGCAGGUGGCAGAGAGGCAUCAGGAAUAUUAAAGGGCUAUGAUCCACUUUUGAAUCUUGUGUUGGAUAGCACAGUGGAGUAUCUUAGAGAUCCAGAUGAUCCACACAAACUUGAUCAGAACACACGUUCCCUAGGUCUAGUUGUUUGCAGAGGGACGUCCGUUGUACUGAUAUGUCCUCUUGAAGGGAUGGAAUCGAUCCCAAAUCCAUUUACACAACAAGAAAAUGCAUAACCAUUUAGGUUCUUACUGUGGUCAUUUUAUAUGUUUUUGUAAGAUUGUUAUGUAAAUAACAACAAGCGCAUUAUUAUUUUUCUACUUAAAAAAAAAACAAUUUCUGUGUAAGCAUUGUGGAAUGCUGUAAAUACUUAUGAUCAGGAGUAAUUCUAAUUACAUUAAUAUAUGUAGUUUUUUUUUUCAGUGAUAUAUUUUGGUAUAUUAUACUUAUUUAAGUAAAAUAAUCAAAGUUGAAGUAUUGAUAAGUAAAUUGAAUCUUACACUAAAGAUUAAAACUAAGAAUAAAG